AUGUUUACUAUCAUUUUCAUGUGUCUGUGGUUUUCAAUAGGUGACUCCAUGGCAGAUUCAAUAAAGCCACUUCUUACUCAUAAAGUUGUAGAUGAAGGUGAUGAUGUUACUCUGUCCUGCAGCUACAAAGACUUUAGUGGUUCUGUAGGGAAUCUGCAGUGGUACAAACAAGAUCCAAAAUCUAAUCCUAAAUUCAUUCUUUAUAUUUAUGAAAGUGGAGCUUUAAGUCCCAACAACCCACCAAGAACAAAUGCUAAAGUUCAUGGAAAUAAACAAGUGGAUCUGAUCAUCUCCUCUGCUGCUGUAUCAGACUCUGCACUGUACUACUGCGUUAUAUUCAUGUGUCUGUGGCUUUCACUAGGUGACUCAAUGGGAGAUUCAAUAAACCCAAGAUUCACUCAUAAAGUUGUAAAUGAAGGUGAUGAUGUUACUCUGUCCUGCAGCUACAGCACAAGUGCUACAUACAGCUACCUGCACUGGUACAGACAACAUCCAAAAUCUAACCCUAAAUUCCUUCUUUAUAUUUAUGAUUUAAGUGGAGAUAAAAGUGACUCAAUUCCACCACGUCUGGAUGUUAAAGUGGAUAAAACUAAUAAACAAGUGAAUCUGAUCAUCUCCUCUGCUGCUGUAUCAGACUCUGCUCUAUACUACUGUGCUCUGGCGCCCACAGUGACAGGAAAUCCAGCUGCUCUGUACAAAAACCUCGAAAUCUAA